ACAGUGACGGCAGAGUCAAAACAACCGAAACAUGAUGCUAGCGUCUCACACCCGCGGGUAAAAUGUCGUGUUUUUAAGGAUCGCCGAUGAAAACGUCGGACAUUUGUCAUCUUAAUGUCAUGAUCGAGUCGGAAUAUGAGUUUGGCCGCGUUUCAAUCGCUAUCAGGGAUCCAAAAGUGAUCAUCAAAGCACCAGUGUCGCUACCGGUUUGCUAACGACAGGCGUCAGUCCAGCAGUCAAACCCGGUUUGCAGGUAACUGGCUCCCCGGGACCGGCCGGUGCUCACCGAAGAGACGGGGAACAGGAUUGGGAAGCAGGGCGGAGCGGCCACCGCAGAGCCCGUAGAGAAGAUGUCGAGCAGCCCAGAGAAAAGCUCAUCCGCACAGGAGCUGAAGGAGCAGGGAAACCGCCUGUUCCUCAGCAGAAAAUACCAGGAGGCCGUCACCUGCUACAGCAAAGCCAUUAAUCGUAACCCGUCAGUGGCCGUGUACUACACUAACAGAGCACUAUGCUACGUCAAGCUACAGCAGUACGACAAGGCACUGUCCGACUGUAAACACGCCCUCGAGCUCGACAGCCAGUCGGUGAAGGCGCACUUUUUUCUGGGCCAAUGUCAGCUGGAGCUGGAGAAUUACGAAGAAGCCAUCGGCAACCUACAGAGAGCCUAUAACCUGGCCAAGGAACAGCGGCUCAAUUUUGGAGACGACAUCCCAAGUGCUCUUCGCAUCGCCAAGAAGAAACGCUGGAACAGCAUAGAGGAGAAGCGGAUCAGCCAAGAGAACGAGCUGCACGCGUAUCUCAGCAAACUCAUCCUGGCCGAGAAGGAGAGAGAGCUGGACGACAGAGUGAAGCAGUCAGAGGACAGUCAGAAUGGAGGAGACAUCAGCAAGAUCAAAUCCAAACAUGAUAAGUAUCUGAUGGACAUGGAUGAGCUUUUCUCUCAAGUAGAUGAAAAGAGGAAGAAACGCGAGAUCCCAGAUUACCUGUGUGGGAAGAUCAGUUUUGAGCUGAUGAGGGAACCCUGCAUUACUCCCAGCGGCAUCACCUACGACCGCAAGGACAUCGAGGAGCAUCUACAGCGUGUUGGCCAUUUUGACCCCGUCACACGUAGUCCUCUGACCCAAGAUCAGCUGAUCCCCAACCUGGCCAUGAAGGAGGUGAUCGACGCUUUCAUCCAGGAGAACGGCUGGGUGGAGGACUACUGAAAACACACGCGCACGCACACUCACACACACACACACAGGAGCGAGCGCAGCAGAGUUUCCUCACGCUGAAUCCAAUCCUCUCCUCUAUGUUCAUGCACUUUAAUCAGUGGAGCUUUUGCUGGAGUCAGACGAACGUUUCUCUAUCCCUCAGACUCUUCCUAGUCACACACAAUAAUCAAUCGCCUGCUGGUCUGGUACACACACACUUCCUCUCAAUCUGCUGCAUCCGAUGAUGAUGAUGAUGAUGCUGAUGCUGUAGUUUCGUCUCUGAAUGUUAAGAAGCAACAUUAUUGAUGACACAUCUCCAAUAAUCACUGAUAAAGAGGAAACUCUGUGCAUGAGAGCGUCGCGUGUGUGUGUUUUUAUAAAAGCGUUCACCUACCACAGGGGUGUCCAAACUCUGUCCUGGAGGGCCGGUGUCCUGCAGAAUUUAGCUUCAGCUUGCUUCAACACAUCUGCCAGGAAGUUUCUAGAAUAUCUAGUAAGAGCUUGAUCAGCUGGUCCAGGUGUGUUUGAUUAGGGUUGGAGCUUAACUCUCCAGGACUGAGUUUGGACACCCCUGGCAGAUCUAUAUGCAGAGUGUAUAAAUUUCUAACACGCCUAGAAUGUUUCCAAGAUGCUUUGGGUUCCGAUUAUAACGUUUUUUUUAUUUGUAACGAGCGUUUAAUCCUCCACAUAUAUUAGACAUUCAUUCAUUCAUCUGCCAAUCAAUGAACUGAGAAGUCUGUGGCAUGCAGAUGACAUCAUUAAUGUUAUGGUGUAUUAUUAUUAUACGUUUAGUCUCGCUGCUGCGUCUGUGCGGUGGAGAGAGAGAGAGAGAGAGGUAAGUGAGCUUUUUUCACACUAUUGAUUAUUUUUUUUGUCUUUCCCUCUGGAACUUUAGGGAGUUUUCUGUUUCCUGUCACACAUUCACACUUCCUGUUUUAGUAUCAGUAUUUUGGGGAGCCCUUGUUAGUUGCUGGAUGUCGCAGUUGCUGAACUGUGUCCGUCUCGGUUCAGAUUUUCCCAAAGUGUAAUGAGUUUAGGUUGGGUGCAUGUUCAAUAAAUGGUAUUUUGUUUCUUUUUUGUAA